AUGUGGGUGGCCGUGGGCAUGCUCUGGCUCCUGGCCCUUGGGGGGCCUCACCAGGCCCGGGGCUUCUGUCCUUCUCAGUGCAGCUGCAGCGUCCACAUCCUGGGUGAUGGCAGCAAGGCCAGGACGGUGGUGUGCAGCGACCCCGACAUGACCCUGCCCCCAGCAUCCAUUCCUCCGGACACGUGCCGGCUGCGCCUGGAGCGCACGGCCAUCCGCAGGGUCCCGGGCGAAGCCUUCCGGCCGCUGGGCCGCCUGGAGCAGCUGUGGCUGCCCUACAACGCCAUCAGCGAGCUCAGCGCCCUGAUGCUCCGGGGCCUGCGGCGCCUGCGCGAGCUGCGCCUGCCGGGGAACCGCCUGGCCGCCUUCCCCUGGACCGCGCUGACCGACGCCCCCAGGCUGCGGCUGCUGGACCUGCAGGCCAAUCGCCUCUCCGCCUUGCCGCGCGAGGCCGCGCACUUCCUGGUCAACCUGACCUUCCUCGACCUCUCCAGCAACCAGCUGCUGAGGCUCCCCCAGGAGCUGCUGGACACCUGGGCUCACCUGAAGGCCGGGCCCUCCCUGUCAGACCACCACACCAGGUUGGUUCUAGGGCUCCAGGACAACCCUUGGGUAUGCGACUGUCGGCUUUAUGACCUGGUCCGUUUCCUGGAUGGCUGGGCCCCGAACUUGGCCUUCAUCGAAGCUAGACUGAGGUGUGCCAGCCCGCGCAGCCUGGCUGGAGUGGCCUUCAGUCAGCUGGAGCUGAGGAAGUGUCAGAGCCCAGAGCUCCGUCCAGGGGUGACCAGCAUCUUAUCCCCUUUGGGUAGCACAGUUUUGCUACGUUGUGGAGCCACAGGGGUUCCGGGGCCUGAGAUGAGCUGGAGGAGAACCAAUGGGCACCCGCUGAGUGGCACAGUGCACCAGGAGGUCUCUAGCGAUGGCUCGAGCUGGACGCUGCUGGAUCUGCCUGCAGUCUCCCUCUCUGACUCCGGAGACUACAUCUGUCAGGCCAAGAACUUCCUGGGAUCCUCUGAGACGCUCAUCUCUCUGAUCGUCACCGAGCCGCAGACUUCCACUGAUUACCGGGGGCUGCCAGGGGCCCUGUGGGCACGGACUAUGGGGGCGGAAGCGGUGGCUUACAACAAGCUGGUGGCCAGACAUGUGCCCCAUAUUCCCGAGCCUGGAGCCCUGGCCACCGAACGCUCCAGGCCCAGCAUCAAGGAGGAGGUGGCCCUCCGGCACGUGCAGUCAGACACCCCAGGGGAGCUCUCCAAAAACCAAGCAGAGCCCCAGGAGGCCCAGAUGGUGAGGUCUCUCAAGGUGGUGGGGGACACUUACCACAGCGUGUCCUUGGUGUGGAAGGCCCCUCAGGCUGGCAACACAACUGCCUUCAGUGUCUUUUAUGCCAUCUUUGGGCAGCGGGACAUGCAGAGGGUGAUCGUGCCGCCUGGGCAGACGAGCGUCACCAUUGAGGGGCUUGCUCCCAAGACCAAGUACGUGGUGUGUGUCUGCGCGCGGGGUCUGGUGCCCAGAAAAGAGCAGUGUGUCAUCUUCUCCACCGACGAGGUGGUGGACGCCGAGGGCACCCAGCGGCUCAUCAACAUGGUGGUGAUCAGCGUGGCUGCCAUCAUCGCGCUGCCUCCCACGCUGCUGGUGUGCUGCGGGGCCUUCCGCCGGCGAUGCCGCAAGUGCCGCGCGGGGGCCUCGGCGGACGCCAUGGGUGCCUAUGUCAACCUGGAGAGGCUGGGCCACAGCGAGGACGGCUCGGAGCAGCUGUCCCGAAACAGUGUCAGCGAGGCCGACAGGCUCCUGUCCGCCCGCUCCAGCCUGGACUCUCAGAUCCUGGGGGUCAGGGCUGGUAGACGCAUCCAUGAGUACUUCUGCUGA